UUUCUUCAUUUCACUGCUCUUUUGCCUCUUGAUUUCGCACUUAGCAACAUUGAAUGUAGUCAUACGACAUAAGUCAGUCAACAAACGAUAAAAUUCACUUCACAUGAAACUAUUGUGACAAGAAUUUGUUGUUUUGUCGCCGUCGUGGUUACUUUUUAUUUGUAUUACACAUCAUUACAAUCAAAAAGUUGUCAAAACGCCGACGUCGUUACCAUGUUUUUGUUAAACAUGAUUACAACCACAGCUUUUAAAGCAAUUUUAAUGAUUCUCUCAGUGUGGCUGGUCGUCAUAAGGACGCCCUUGUGACGUCACAGUCUUGUUUAGUCUUCUGGGGGAAAUAUUAUAGGCCAUGACGUCAUAUCAACAGCCUGUGUGUGUGUGUGUGUGUGUGUGUGUGUGUGUGUGUGUGUGUGUGUGUGUGUGUGUGUGUGUGUGUGUGUGUGUGUGUGUGUGCGCGCGCGCGCGCGCACGUCCAUGUGUGUCCCCGAGUCCGUCCACAGUGAUAGACAGAGACAUUCAGCAGCUCAUUCACCUGCGGGCCACCAAUAACUCCAUCUUCACAGGCCAAAGUAACUCGGCCAUGCAGGGCUGGAGGGCGAUCCGGAGGGAGAUGGGCCUCCAGGGCAUGCUGUCCGCUCGCCAGCUAAAGAAGAAAUGGGACAACAUGAAGGAGAAGUACCGGGCUCUUAAGAACUCUCCUGAAGGUUUACAGAACCGAACCAAUUCUUGGCGCUGGUUACAUCUGAUGGAUGAGGCCAUGAGUGGCCGGCUGGCCGGGACCGCCAACGUGGUGGAGCCGUCAGUGCUGGACGAUGACGAGGAUGCUGUGCCUCACUUCUCUUUCGCCCAUAUGGUGACACACCCGCCCGAACUGGAGGUAAAAGAGAUGGGUACGGUCGAAGGAGUCCCUGUGCUGCAGGACGUGUUCAGCGUGGGUGUCACUGAGGUGUGUGGAGACAAUGUCGUCAGUAAAACUGAGUCCCCUGGGGCCGCCAGCACUGAGCUUCUCUCUCAGAAUGGCGUGUUGUACGCUACGUUGCUGUCAGAGGGCAUCAUGGCACAGAGUGACAACAACAAUAACGAAAGCAUGGGGCCGCUGUCCUCCCCCAGCUGUACCGACGACAGACUGCUGGACGGGCGGCAGGAUCUGGAGAGGCUCUUAAUAGACGUAGAACGUGAUCGUGCGGAUGUAGAACGUGGCCGUGUGGCAUUGGAAAGGGACCGGGCAGCAUUGGAACGGGACCUCGUUUCCAUACAACGGGACCGGGCUGCUAUAGAACGAGACAGAGUGUGUCUGGAUCAAGACCGGGCCUUUCUGGACAGAGACAGAGCUUUUCUAGAAAGGGACAGAGCGCUUCUGGAGCAAGCCAGAGCCCUGCUGAAGAGCCAGGGGGGGAUUCGGGGGACUGAAUGGGCAGGGGAAGCAGAAGUGAUGGUGCAGACCAGGCUUCAUCAGAACUUCUUAGCUGUGCAUGUGGACCCGGAGCAGCUGGAGAGCACACAGAGGCUGGUGUCUUUGUUCCAGAAGCUUGUGGAGAAACUUUGACUUUCCUGUGAUGACAUGUAUGACGUUAUUCUUCACCACUGAUAAAUCUUUAUUAUUUGUGCUCUUGCCUCUUUUUCAAUAAAGACUUACUGUAUAAUGUA